UCAACAAGAUGAACAAGUACAUUAUUUUAGCUGCUUUGGUUACCGUGGCUACGGCCAAGCCGCAAGGCUAUGGUGCAGCAGCCGGACAACAGCAGCAGGGUUACGGAGGCCAAGCUGGACAACAACAGCAGAAGCAGGCAUAUGGAGCUCAGUCAGGAGCGGCUCAACAGCAACAAGGUUAUGGUGCUCAAGUAUCUGCUAGCGCUGGAGCUGGACAGGGUUACGGUGCUCAAAAUGGAGCUGCCCAGCAGCAACAGGGCUAUGGCUCUCAGGUUUCAGCAGCCGCUGGAGCUGGACAAAACUACGGAGCUCAAUCUGGUGCAGCCCAACAACAACAGGGUUAUGGUGCUCAAGCUUCACCUAGCGCUGGAGCUGGACAAGCUUACGGUUCCCAGAACGGAGGUGCCCAGAAGCAACAGGGUUACGGCGGAUCCAACGCUCAGCAGAAACCAACUAACACUUACAACAGCAAUGGAAACAGACCGUCUGCACCCGCUUCAUCCUACGAACAGGAGCAACCCCCUAUGCCAUACGAAUUCGCUUGGGCCGUCAAGGAUGAGCCAACCAAGAACGACUAUGCUCAUGAAGCCAAGAGCGAUGGCAAAGUUGUGAUCGGAUCUUACCGCGUUCUUCUUCCCGAUGGCCGUACGCAGAUCGUCUCCUACCGAGCUGAUGACAAUGGCUACGUCGCUGACGUCAAGUACGAAGGGGAGGCUCAGUUCCCCGCACCAUCCAACGGCAAUGGAAACUAUGGAAACGGCUCUGGAAAUGGAGGCAAUAGCUAUGGAAAUGGCUCUGGAAAUGGGAAUAAAAACUAUGGAAGCAACAGCGGCAACAACAAUUACGGAAGCGGCAAUGCCCAAGUGAACAGCAACAAGCCAUCAUAUUAAUUUUUUUUCUAAUUCAUUGAUUUCGGCUUCUACAAAUUUUAUAAGAAUCUUAACGAUAUUGCGCGCAGGCAAUGUAAAAGAAAUAAACCUAUUCAAGUAAA